AUUUGAGAACGCUGACAGAAAUAUCAAUGCAACUUUGGAUGUUCUUCCUGUUAAAGGACCUCAGGGUCCUCCAUUACCUGUAAAAACUGAUGAUCUGGUCACUCAACAGACUUGGACUGUUAAGCCUGAACACUUGACUUUGACAUCUCCUUCUAUUAGUGGGACAGCGGAUACUGGACAUGCACAGAUUGUCAAUAAUUCUAGUAGGACAUUGACAUUUGAGCUUUCAUGGCCAGCUCACUGCCUUACUAUAACCCCACAACAUGGAAUUAUUGAACCAGAGAGCACUACACUGAUUUUGGUGAGUCCUAAUCCAUCACUUGCCACAAAGCCUUCAUUAAUUCCUUGGAGUGGCCUAAUCUAUAUCCAUUGUGAUAAUGGGCAAAAGUUUAUUAAAGUGCGGAUUCGAGAGGCAGUUACACAGAGUGUGUCUGGAGCAGACUUUCCGUCUAGAAGACAUGAUAUAUUUACUCCACAGUCUGAAAGCCCUGCUGUUCAUGUGGCAAAACCUCUCUCAGCUCUUCCUCUAACAAAAAUGGAAAUAAAGAACAGAACCAUUGUUUUUCCUAAAACAAGACCUGGCCAAAGCUCCGAGAGUUACCUGGAAAUAGAGAAUAAAGGGGAUGAAAAUGUGAAGUGGCAUUUGUCAUCUUUUGCACCACCCUAUGUUAAAGAUGUGGAUGGAUCUGGUUGUGUUUAUAGGGUUACUUACUCCGCUUUCAGAUGUUCCCGUGUUUCUGGUACUCUUGAAGCUUAUGGAGAAGAGAAGGUUGCUGUGAUCUUUUUACCAAGAGAUAAAGGGGAUUACUCCCAGUUCUGGGACCUUGAGUGUCACCCAGUUGAAAAACCUAGUUGGAAACAUAAAUUAAGAUUUCAGCUUUCUGGAGCAGGUACUAAAACAGAAAAUGAAACUUCAAUUGUGAAAGCUUCUGCAAGUGCCCUCACAAAAACUGAGCUUCCAGUUAUACCAGAAGUGAAGACUUACCCUGAAGGAUGUACAAUUAAAGCAGGACAAAAUACGAUAACUCGAGGGGUAUAUGCACCAGAAGACCUGUACAAUUUUCCUCCAACUAGAGUUGGGGAAUCAUGCACGUUAAAGGUCAACUUGCGGAAUAAUUCCUUUACAACACACUUGCUGAAAUUUGUAAGUCCCGGAGAGCCUUUCUACAUCAAGCACUCGAAGUACUCGCUUAGGUGA